AUGUCCAGCGCCCAUUUCCGCCUGGAGCCCUUUCGGCCUUGGAUCCCUUCGCAAGAUAAAGCACAUCUAGGGCGGAAACGUCUCGAUCUCUGCCGCUACCCAAGCCCUGUCUCCAUCUCUGCGACAUCGUCUUCCCCUCAUCAGAAAAGCCCUGUUUCACAAAACCAGAACAUCAAUGCUCCUGGCCCCGAACAGCAUCCCCUUCCUGCGCGUCCACCGACGGAGGUUUGUCUUAAUAGCAGCCCAAAACUGGACUCUCAAUCCACUCGGUCCGAGCGGGAGGUGUUCGCGCUGCCAUCCUCUGCCGAUCCAGAGCCAGGGAUUUCGUCGGGCUUCCCGGAUUCCGUUUUCUCGGAUUGCGUGCCAAAUUUUCUCGAUGUUGAUCUUCCUAUGCCUUUCGAUGAUAUAGUCCAUGAUCCUGGGCACCAAUUUUCCCGCUUCUCAUCCAGCGACCUCGAGCUCGCUUCCACUAUGGACCAACACUCACAACCUAUCCCUACAGGGGAUUCUUGCGAUGCCACAAUCGAUCCGACAAUCCUAUAUGAUCAUCAUCCCCGAGAUGCUGGGCAGACCCCAGCAAGAGAAGUUAUUCCUGGCAACGCAACUUCGACAGGCGGAUCUCCGGUUGAAUACACGCACUCUCCGCACGAAGAUACGCAUUUCGACCGUGUACAAGAGAAUCCGCCAAACGGACUGAAACCUGGCUGGCGACCGUCGAAAAUCAACAAAGUUUCAGUUGUCGUGGAUAAUCGCGCGAAAAAAAGGGGCUGGUCGGUUCACUCAACGGGACGUCGGCCGCAGGUCCUUCCCUUCACUUCGUGCUCAAUUCUCUGCCCUUUCAGUCGAGGACCGAGUCCAGUUCCUGUCCUGGCUAUUCGAGGGUGCCCUGUCUCAUAG